AUGGCCGACGGUCGUGGACUACCGCUCUUGAGCGGUCCUUUGCCUGCUUCAUUCGAGGACACUCAGCCAGAAGCGUGUAGAAAAUGUAACAAGGAGUUCAACCUCAUCUUCACUAGACCGAGAAAGUGUAAUCAUUGCGGCUAUUCAUAUUGUCAUAGUUGCUCAGACUUCCACGCUCUGAUGCCUCGCUUGGGCCAUGAUACAGGAUAUGAUGCUAUGAGCGUUUGCGCAUUCUGCAUAGAGUAUUUAACGAGUAAGCGGCCGACAUUUGGUGUUUCGUCAAAAUCAAUGAAAUGUUUGUGUGCGACAGUUACCGCGGGCGGUCGAACUUAUCUCAAAUCCCUGACUUUGGCUAAGCUGAAGAAAUAUGUGAAUGUGUAUAAUAUCAAGAUAGAUCGCGCUGUCGAGAAGGAUGAUCUUAUCGAUGGUAUCCUCGCCAUACGGCAAAAUGGUUGCCUGCCAUCAGAGAAUGAGAAUUUCUACAGGAAGUAUUCAGUUCCAGACAAGACGACAAGCCGUCCUCGAGGGCUCUUUUCUCGAACAGGUGGUUCAGGUGAAACCGCAACCCCACCACGACCACGACCACCACCCGCUAACCAAGUACACGAGUUCCCUCGGCCAGACCUCGCUCCGGAUGGACCACCUCCCCGCCAGAGCAAUCCUUUUGCGGGACCACCGCCACCACCACCAUCGCGCCCACAGCAACAGCAAUAUAAUCCUCCGCCUUACCCACCGCCUCCGCCACAUUCAACGUAUCCGGGAGGGCCGCAGCACCAGCAACCCCCUCCUCCCCAAUUCCAACCUCGGCCACCUCCACAGAACACAGGAUAUCCCGGGCAAGGUUACCCGCCUGGAUAUAACCCGCAUUACGCCAACAACCCCUUCCACAAUGCAGGACCGCCACCAGUGCCUCCGCAUGCCUCACGUCCUCAGCCACAGCAGCACCCGCAACAAGGAUAUCCCUACCGACCACGAACAGCGCCUGAUUCCCAGCGUAACGCACCGCCAACGGCGUCGUCGUCGUCUCGUUCAACACCACCACCGCCACCUCCACGCCCACGAGAGGCACCCGUUCCAACAGCUCCUCCAACACUUGAAGACCUGCUGACCAUGCCCUCCGAGCGCAUCGGAUCCCUCAGCAUUGGUAACCUUAAAUCCGUUUUGAAUACCAACCAUGUGAACCCGGGUCAAGUUCUGGAAAAGAGUGAUCUGGUGCAAAAGGUGCUAACGCUGGUGGGUGCCGAAAAAGGGGAACGUGAGAGGCAGAGAUUGGCAGAAGAGAUGGAAGAGAUGGAAAGGGUGCAGAGGGAGGUUGAGAGGAUGGAGGAGGGGGAGAGGGCCAGAGAGCGUAGGGAACGCGAAAGCCAUAGUGAUCGAAGUUCUUCGCCAAGCAGAAACUCCAGUUCGAGUCGGUCAGCGCAUCACCAUGGCGAGAAAACCUCAGGAAGUAAUUCCUCUCCGCCUCCUCCAAGAACCCCUUCACCUUCCAUAACGCAAAAGAUGGCGUCUGCGUUGGAACGUACUGGACUGUGCGUCGUUUGUCAAGAUGACGAAGCAAACAUUGCGAUUGUAGACUGCGGACACUUGGCGAUGUGUAGAGGGUGCUCUGAUAUGGUCAUGGCGAGCUCUCGCGAAUGCCCCCUCUGUCGAACACGGAUAGUCACAGAACAACGACUACUCCGUAUCUACAAGACUUGA